AUGGACCGCGGGAGCCUUGUCGCCGUUCUGCUAGCAAGCAUCCUGCACUCGGCCGUCGUCGCCGCCGAGGACCGGCACGUUUUCCUGAACUGGGAGGUGUCCUACUCCGUGCGAUCCCCGCUGGGCGUCUCCAAGAGGGUGAUCGCCAUCAACGGCCGGCUCCCCGGGCCGCUGCUCAACCUCACCACCAACGACGUCGCCCACGUCAACGUCGUCAACACCCUAGACGAGCCUUUCCUCCUCACAUGGAACGGUCUGCAGAUGAGGAGAAACUCGUGGAACGACGGUGUGGCGGGCACGAACUGCGCGAUCCAGCCCGGGGCGAACUGGACCUACGUGUUCCAGGCCAAGGACGAGAUUGGCAGCUUCUUCUACCGGCCGUCCCUGGGGCUGCACGCCGCUGCCGGCGGCCAUGGCCCCAUCCGCGUCAACAACCGCCCGGUCAUCGACGUCCCGUUCCCCCAUCCCGACGGCGAGUUCGACGUCCUCAUAGGGGACUGGUACAACAUGGACGCAAAGGAAAUGAAAGAGCGCCUGGACAGAGGCCGUGGACUGCCGCCGCCGGACGGCAUCUUGGUCAACGGCUUGGGCCCUUACGAGGCGGAGGUGACGUUCAAGGCAGGGCGCACGUACCGGCUUCGCGUGUCGAACGUGGGCGCGAGGACGUCGCUCAACUUCCGGCUCCAGGGCCACAAGCUGCUGCUGGUGGAGGUGGAGGGCACCUACACCCUGCAGAAGCACUACGCCUCGCUGGAUGUCCACCCCGGCCAAUCCGUCUCGGUCCUCGUGGCGGCCGACCAGGCGCCCAAGGCGUAUUACAUGGUCGUCAGCUCGCUCUUCGUCCUCCCGGAGAUCUUCGGCGUCGCCACCGUCCUCUACGCCGGCUCCGGCGAGCAGCCGCCUUCCGGCGACGCCCCGCUGGACGAGCGCUCCUCGCACAACAACUACAACCGUUCCAUGGAGCAGGCCAUGUCCAUAAGGAUGAACUUGACCUCCGGCGCGGCACGGCCCAACCCGCAGGGCUCCUUCCACUACGGGGAUAUCAACGUCACCCGCACCCUGCUCCUCCGGAACGAUGAGUCCGACAUCGGCGGCCGGCGGAGGUGCACGGUGAACGGCGUGGCCUUCGCCAACGCGGGCACGCCACUGAAGCUGGCCGAUUACUUCAGGAUCGCCGGCGUCUUCAAGGUCGUCUCCGGCAGGCCGGAGACGAGGAACCCGUCCCUCGGCACCACGGUCAUCGACGCCUCCUACCGGGACUACGUCCAGAUCGUGUUCGAGAACAGGCUGCCGUCCAUGCAGACCUGGCACCUCGACGGCCACAGCUUCUUCGUUGUCGGGAUGGCGUGGGGCAAAUGGAGCCCGGACGCAAGGUCGACGUACAAUCUGGUUGACGCCAUGUACCGGUCUACCGUGCAGGUGUAUCCCACGUCAUGGACCGCUGUGCUGGUGUAUUUGGAUAACGAGGGCAUGUGGAACCUGAGGUCUCAAGAUGUGGAGAAGAGGUACCUAGGCCAAGAGCUGUACCUGCGAGUGAGGCAGGGCGACUCCGAAGUGCCUGAUCCCAGAGACGAGCUGCCCAUGCCUUCCAAUGCUCUCUUGUGUGUUUUUUGA